UCUAGCUGCUGCUUGGAUUCGUUGCAGACAAGAAUGAAGUUACAAGUGACGUUAAUGUUCUUAGUAACUGCACAAAUCUGCUUUGCUUCUGCAGCAGAUGAGCAGAUGCGACGACAGGUACAGGAGUGGCUGUUUACCCGUGUGCAGUACUGCGCCGCGGGGUCCGCCGCCACGUGCUCGCAGCGCCGGCUGCAGUGUCCCUGCCCAGAGGUGUGCGCCGACGUCUACCUGCCGGUGUGCACGCGCUGCCAGGAUGGCCAGCAACACACCUUCCCCAACUGCUGUGCCUGGCACGCCGCGGUAUGCUCCCUGCAAGCGGACUGCGCCCUGGAGCACGAUGGUGAGUGCUGAUCAUUCGCCGUUACCCCGGUGGGCUGCUGUCUGUAGUGGACACCUGAAUUAAUCGUCCAAAAUAAAGGAAAACUAUAUCAAAUUGUAAAAUGUUAUCUUAUCUACCUUUACAUCUUUGGUGCAUGAUAAACUGCUGCUUGAUGAAU